AUGCUUGGAUCUGCUGUUCGUGCUCUGACCCGCGCCGUUCCAUCCGUCGCUGUUGCCUCCCGCCAGCUGAACACCUCUCGUGCUCUGUUGUCACUCCGACCACUCGGUCCAAAGAACACUGUUCCAGCUUUCAAAGGAACUGCCGUCGUCGAUGGAGACUUCAAGGUGAUUUCCGAUCAAGACUACAAGGGAAAAUGGCUCGUUAUGUUCUUCUACCCACUCGACUUCACGUUUGUGUGCCCUACUGAAAUCAUUGCUUAUGGAGAUCGUGCCAAUGAGUUCCGUGCUCUUGGAGCCGAAGUCGUCGCAUGCUCCUGCGAUUCUCACUUCUCUCAUCUUGCCUGGGUAAACACACCACGUAAGGAUGGAGGUCUUGGAGAUAUGGACAUUCCACUUCUUGCUGAUUUCAACAAGAAGAUUGCUGAUUCGUUUGGUGUACUUGACACAGAGUCUGGGCUCUCAUACCGUGGAUUGUUCCUCAUCGAUCCAUCUGGAACUGUUCGUCACACGACUUGCAACGAUCUCCCUGUCGGAAGAUCUGUUGAUGAGACUUUGAGAGUUCUCAAAGCAUUCCAAUUUUCGGACAAGCACGGAGAGGUGUGCCCAGCUGACUGGAAGGAGGAUUCGCCAACCAUCAAACCAGGAGUCUCUUCCAGCAAGGAAUACUUCAACAAAGUCAACAAGUAG